AUGGAUAAAGAUACUAAAGAAUCAUUGCUCAAUAAGAAUGUAAGUGAUCAAAUGGAUAAUUAAUUCUUUGCUUAAUAGUUUGAAGUGACUCAAAAAGGAGACAUCAACCUAAAUAAUGACGAUUUCCCUCCUCCUUAAGAUGAUAAGACCCAUAAAAUAUAAGAAGAAAAAUAAUUGACUAUUCCGGAAAUAAUGGAAUAAGCUUCAGCGCUCGAGCAACAUGCAGUCUAGGAAUUUCCUUUUAAUUCCAAAGACUCUAAAGCUUAGAUCGGAAGAGACUCCAAUCUAGUUUAUGCUCCUUAAAAUCUAAAACUGAUUUAAUUUUGGUCUUUGAAUGGCCGCAAGGAUGUUAAUAGCAUUGAAAUCUAAGAAAACGUUCAUGAAAUAAAAGUUACAGACUAUUUCAUUAUUGCUUAAGUCACUGAUCAAGAUAAGCGAGCUUAUUUUAUAUACGAUGCUUUCUCCUUAAAAUAUCUGGGCAAAGCGGAAUCUGCCAGGAAUAUAAUGAUAGAAGCCAAAUCUACAAAGGAUCUCCUUAUAAUAUCAGACUCUAGAGGUAUUAUAAAUACCAUUUCUAUCAAUGAUAAAUCUAGAAUCACCUAUAUUUAGCGUAAAUCCAUUGAUGUAAGUUUGGAAAAAAGAGAUGCCGAAGCCUGA